AUGAACGGCGGUCGGUUUGAUUUCGAUGAUGGGGGCACGUACGUUGGAGGAUGGGAGGAGGGAAAGGCUCACGGCCACGGUGUGUGUUCGGGUCCUCAGGGGAAAGGCGAGUAUGCAGGUGCCUGGCACUACGGGUUCGAGGCGAUGUACGUGGAGUUUGCAACUCUGGACUUCGUGCACCUUAGAAAAGUGUCUGGUGCCUAUUACUGGCCCUCUGGGAACACGUAUCACGGUCAAUGGCAGAACGGGAAAAGACAUGGCUUGGGUGUGGAGCAAAGAGGACGAUGGACCUACAAAGGAGAAUGGACUCAAGGUCAGAAAGGAAGGUAUGGGGUGCGGAAUUCUAGCACCUCUCAAGCUCGCUACCAGGGCACAUGGUCUGGCGGGUAUCAUGACGGUUACGGCACGGAAAUCUACGUGGAUGGCGGCAACUACCAGGGUCAAUGGUUACGCGGAUUACGUCAUGGUUACGGGACCCGGCGAAGUGCGACUUACGGCCAGGCGGCGAAACUUCGGCCGAAGUCGCAUACGCACGCCUCACUUACGAGCUUACGAAGCGGACGGGGUGAUGACGAAAAUGAAGAUGAAGAUCAAAAAGACGGUCAAAAUGGACGAAGUGGAUUCGUUCUCAAAGCGAACAGCAGCGCUCCAACGAGGCGAAGAAGGUCGUUGUCUGAGCGUUCAUUGGCCGUCAAACGAACACUGUUGUCUGGACUACGGAUAAAGAAGCAGCACUCAACUGGAGACAUUCAUCAACGAGUCACAAGAAGCCUUCGUUCGAGUGGGAGUACGAUGAGCUGCACGUCCGAAGACUCGCUGCACCACCAUCACAAAUCUUUCGCUAGCACUGAGGAAGAGGCCGUCGAUGAAGCAGUGACUGAGUUCUACAGCGGUGAAUGGAAAAAUGAUGCUCGCAGCGGGUUCGGCGUUUGCGAACGAUCAGACGGGUUACGGUAUCAGGGUGAAUGGGCCAACAACGCCAAAAAUGGCUACGGUGUAACGACGCUAAGAGACGGAACUCGCGAAGAAGGCAAAUACAAAAACAACGUGUUAGUUGUGUCAAGCCGGCGGAAAGGUAUGCUGUUCGUGCGCAGCAACAAACUGAAGGAGAGGGUAGAAGCAGCUGUGGAGACGGCUAAUCGAGCUGCAAGCAUUGCUCAACAAAAGGCAGAUAUUGCCGUCUCGCGAACAUCGACGGCAAAAGAGCGAGCUGAACAAGCGAUGUUCGUAGCGAAGCAGGCUCGUGAUGACGCUGAAAUGGCCAGGAUGGAAGCGGAACGUUUCGAUCCCAACUUUAAGCCCCAAGGUCAGGAGCGUCGUCGUCAUUACGGUGAGAAUCCGGGUGGCGACUCGUUUGCUACUGACAUCUCCGAUCCGCAUUCCUCUUAUUCACGCCAUCUGUCGCAAACGCAUAGUAAACAUGCUUCCUUUGAACAGAACUUGUCUGUCGAUAUUGGCGAUGCCUCUUAUCUGACCCCAAUGAUGCCACCGACGCAGGCCCAGAUGGUAAUUGGUGCUACUCCACCCUUACAGACUUCUCCACACAUCGGUAACCAUAUCGGCUUGCAGCAGGCGCAAAUGGUCAAUCAUGUGAACUUCAAUUUGCAAUCUGGCAUGCAAACUAUGCACUCUGGUCCGCAUCUGCAUAUUCAUCAGGAGAAUGUAAUGCCCGAAAAUUACGCGGCACCCAUGCAGUUUGAGGACGUAUCAAACGUCGGUCUACUCCAAGAUGUCGCUGAAGUGGCUGAGCCACCAGAGUCGCAGCCAACAACGACUCAGGCUUCUAUGCUCAAUGCAUCGCUCAUGAACAACCCACAGAGCUCGUCCAGAUUCUCACUCAGCGACGAUCACUUUGACCAGUACGUGAUGGCAGGUACUAGCGGCGAACAACGACUUCGUCGUAAUCGACCGUCAUUAAUGAGACAGAGCGACGUUAACGAUGCCACUGCGAUGUUGAAUCGUCGUUCAACACUCGCUUCAUCUCGUGACCGCCGAGCAGAACCCUUACAAGAUUCAGGAGAGAAUCUGGGGAGUUUGCCGAACCUCGCUGAACUUGAGAGUAGUGGGUUGCGUCUUCGUCGCGAGGACGCAGCGCGCCUGGCGUCUCAACGUCGUCAGGAGAUACUUCGUGAUCAGGAGGACCAAGCUCUUCUUAGAGCAAAUCCACUUCGAUAUCUGUUUCACCCUGCCUUCAAGGCGUGGCUGGUUCGUUGGAAGGUGCCGAUCUUCCUCGCAGCUGCUAACCUCACAUUACUCUUUCUCUUCUACAACCUGCUCACUUACGAUAGGAGACGUCGUUAG